AUGGUACCAAAAACAUAUAAUGAGAUCAGCUAUUCAAAAUGCAAUGAAUAUCUGCCACCAAAUUAUGGUGCUGCCUCUUCUCUAGUAGAGAGUGCUCCAGUAUCAGCUCCAUCUUAUAUCGCUCCAGAGCAAAGCUAUAAUGUUGCAGCUUCCGAACCUUCGCAUAGCUUCACUUCUUCAGAUGGUUACCGCUAUAAGACUCAAAGACGUGUAGUAUAUCGUUAUCGUCAACAUCGUGGUGCUCUUUCAAGCGAUUAUUUGCCUCCACAAGCUACUUCACUUUCAUCUGAAUACUUACCUCCAGCUGCAUCUUCUUAUUCUGCCGCCCCAUCCUAUCAAUCUGAAGCAUAUGCACCAGCUCCAUCUUAUCAGUCAGAAUCAUACGCCGAACCUUCUGAAACUGCUCCUGCUCACAUCUUUUCUUCCAACUAUGGUUACCGUUACAAACCUGGUCGUCGUCGUGCAUACCGUCAUCGCCUAUUCUAAACCAGAAAUGUAUUAAACUCAUUGAUAAACAUGAAAAAAAAAAACAAAUAAUAAUUAUUACGAUCAAAAAUAUAAUAUUUCAUUUAAACUGGGGGAAUUCUGAGUUCUUGAGACAGUGGAAUUAUGUACGUUAUUAUUAA